AUGGACUGGAAGACACUCCAGGCCCUACUGAGCGGCGUGAACAAGUACUCCACAGCGUUCGGGCGCAUCUGGCUGUCCGUGGUGUUCGUCUUCCGGGUGCUGGUGUAUGUGGUGGCUGCAGAGCGCGUGUGGGGGGAUGAGCAGAAGGACUUUGACUGCAACACUAAGCAGCCCGGCUGCACCAACGUCUGCUACGACAACUACUUCCCCAUCUCCAACAUCCGCCUCUGGGCCCUGCAGCUCAUCUUCGUCACAUGCCCCUCGCUGCUGGUCAUCCUGCACGUGGCCUACCGUGAGGAGCGGGAGCGCCGGCACCGCCAGAAGCACGGGGACCAGUGCGCCAAGUUGUACGACAACGCAGGCAAGAAGCACGGAGGCCUGUGGUGGACCUAUCUGUUCAGCCUCAUCUUCAAGCUCAUCAUUGAGUUCCUCUUCCUCUACCUGCUGCACACUCUCUGGCAUGGCUUCAAUAUGCCGCGCCUGGUGCAGUGUGCCAACGUGGCCCCCUGCCCCAACAUCGUGGACUGCUACAUUGCCCGACCUACCGAGAAGAAAAUCUUCACCUACUUCAUGGUAGGCGCCUCCGCCGUCUGCAUUGUACUCACCAUCUGUGAGCUCUGCUACCUCAUCUGCCACAGGGUCCUGCGAGGCCUGCACAAGGACAAGCCUCGAGGGGGCUGCAGCCCCUCGUCCUCCGCCAGCCGAGCUUCCACCUGCCGCUGCCACCACAAGCUGGUGGAGGCUGGGGAGGUGGAUCCAGACCCAGGCAAUAACAAGCUGCAGGCUUCAGCACCCAACCUGACCCCCAUCUGACCACAGGGCAGGGGUGGGGCAACAUACGGGCUGCCAAUGGGACAUGCAGGGCGGUGUGGCAGGUGGAGAGGUCCUACAGGGGCUGAGUGACCCCACUCUGAGUUCACUAAGCUAUGCAACUUUCGUUUUGGCAGAUAUUUUUUGACACUGGGCACUGGGCUGUCUAGCCAGGUAUAGGUAACCCACAGGCCCAGUGCCAGCCCUCAAAGGACAUAGACUUUGAAACAAGCAAAUUAACUAUCUACGCUGCCUGUAAGGGGCCACUUAGGGCACUGCUAGCAGGGCUUCCAGCUAACCCAGGAAGGGAUGAUCAGGAGAGGCUUCCCUAAGGACAUAAUGUGUAAGAGAGGUGAGAAGUGCUCCCAAGCAGCCACAACAGCAGCACAGAGGUCUGGAGGCCACACAAAAAGUGAUGCUCUCCCUGGGCUAGCCUCAGCAGACCUAAGGCAUCUCCACUCCCUCCAGAGGAGCCACCCAGAUUCCUGCAGUGGAGAGGAGGUCUCCCAGCAGCAGCAGGUCUGGAGGCCUGAGAAUGAGCCUGACUAGAGGUUCUGGAGAUACCCAGAGGUCCCCCAGGUCAUCACUUGGCUCAGUGGAAGCCCUCUUUCCCCAAAUCCUACUCCCUCAGCCUCAGGCAGUGGUGCUCCCAUCUUCCUCCCCACAACUGUGCUCAGCCUGGUGCCAGCCUUUCAGACCCUGCUCCCAGGGACUUGGGUGGAUGCGCUGAUAGAACAUCCUCAAGACAGUUUCCUUGAAAUCAAUAAAU